AUGGCGUGGCGAGCAAAUAAUGCACGGAUCGGCCCUGGUAGCGGCCGCGGAGCGCCUUCUUCGGUACCGCGCGCAAAGCCAACCAUGCAGGCUAUCGCUGAGAUUGAGCGAAACCGUGAGGACCGACGGCGUGCUAUGGCUGCGGCCAAGCGUGAACGCAAGCGAGAAAGUCAGCUGAACGAGAAGCUGGGCCAUCCGGGCGACGUGGACUUUCAGCGCAUGAUCAAGACAUUUCGCGAGCAGAAUAAGGACAAAGGCCGACCACAUGCCGAGGUGGGAGACAGCAAGAUUACUAUAUGCGUACGAAAGCGGCCGGUGAACGUCAAGGAGGUUAAAAAGCACGACUAUGAUGCUGUGACAUGUUUAAACCCAAUGGCUAUCGUGCACGACUGUAAGCUGAAAGUGGAUGGCAUAACGAAGUAUUUGGACAGCAAUGCCUUUAACUUUGAUCAUACGUUCGACGAAAAUGCGACAAAUCAGAGUGUAUACAUGUACACUGCCCAGCCACUUGUCAGAUUUGUGUUUCAUGAUGGUGGACAUGCUACAGUCUUUGCGUACGGGCAGACGGGAAGCGGCAAGACACACACGAUGCAAGGCAUUCAGAGUCAGAUUGCUGCGGAUGUGUUUGCGCAGGCAGACGAAUUUGUGAGGCGAGGAUACCCCCUUGAUAUCUGCGUUAGCUUUUUUGAGAUCUAUGGCGGACGUUGCCAGGACUUAUUGCAUCAGCAAGUAUUGACUAUUCGAGAAGAUGGCGCUGGAGAGGUGCAAAUUGUUGAUCUAGGAGAAGUGCAGCCACAGAACACGGAAGAGUUGUUACAAGUCAUCAGCAGAGGCAACAGUCUUCGCACGACACAUGCUACGGAGCUAAACGAUGUGUCUUCUCGCUCUCACUGCAUUUGUCAGAUCAAUCUCCGCGACAAAGGAACAGGGCGGCUUCAUGGUAAGCUGUCUUUGAUCGACCUAGCAGGUAGUGAACGUGGUGAAGACACGAAAAAUCACAAUCGACAGAGACGAAUGGAAUCCGCUGAGAUCAACCGAAGUCUGCUAGCUUUGAAAGAGUGCUUUCGAGCUUUGGACAGUGGUGUUCGUACUCACAUUCCAUUCCGAGCAAGCAAGCUCACUCAAGUGCUCAAAGAUUCAUUUGUUAACUCUAAAGCGAGAACUGUGAUGAUUGCAGCCGUUUCACCGUGUGCCUCCUCCUCCGAUCAUACUUUGAAUACCCUUCGAUAUGCUGACCGAGUCAAGGAAAAACGCGUCUCGGCUGAUGCCUUCGACCAAAAAGUUGAGAAUUCUGAUCCUGUUGACAUUGAGGAUGUCCACUUUGAAGAGGGUUUUGACGUUUGCGAGGCAUAUACAGCACAAAGUAGAGGUGAAGACUUAGGGGAGGAAGAUAUUGACAUAGUAGAGGACUUUUCACUUCGAGACGAAUAUGGCAAAAACGGUGAAAUGCUUGGCCGUAUUGGCAAUAAUGACGAUAGCAAAGACAAAAAACCGGUAUUAUCUCACUAUUAUCAUGGGAAAUGUGAUGGCUUGAGCACUUGCCAUUUUGGCCACCGUUGCCACUUGAAUUCAGCUGACAAAAUUCAUGAUAACGAGUAUCUCAAUAAAGCAUGGCAAGGAGUGGUUCAAACGCUGUAUGAAGAGCAAGAAAGUUUGCUUAACACACAUAUGGGCGCAAUUCAGGAAAAUGCCGAACUUCUUACGGAGGAAGGCGCCAUGCUAGCAGCGAUUCAAAAUGAAGAUUCAACAAGUAUUGAGCAGUAUAUUUCGCGCCUGGAAGAGAUCCUUGCUCAAAAAGCACUAACGAUCAGCACUCUUCGACGUCAACUCGCUACUUUUCGUCAGCACAUUGAAGGCGAAGAGGAAAAUAUAGCAGAACCUCCUCCGAAGAAGUUCAUUAAGGGUGUGGCUAGGAUGUAA